GGAUCAUCAUUAGUUUAAUCUUGCAUCCCAACAUCAACAAUCAAUUCUUGUAUAUCCAUUUUUCAGAAGUGAUCCACAAUUAUGUUUCGAAAAGUUUGCGUCUUGUUUUUCGGUUGUUUUUUGUUUUUGAGAGUUAGUUCAGCCCCCCAGGGAUUUCCCUUGAGAGGAAUAACCAAUAUAGAUGGGGCCCCAGAACCGUACAACUACAACUAUAGGGUCGAUAAUCCACCCACAGGAACAUUCUUUGGGCAAGAUGAAAAUGGUGAUGCAGCAGGCAGAGUAACUGGUUCGUACUUUGUCCAGUUGCCCGAUGGAAGGCUGAUGACCGUAGAAUACUUUGUGGAUGGAGAUUCAGGUUUUGUCCCAAAAAUAACUUACCAAACAGGCAACCAGUUGACUGGGAGACCUUUCAGACCUUAGUUACUCAAAAAAAGGAUAUGUAAACGAAUUGUAAACGUUUUUAAAUAAUAAAUAUUGAAUUCUG